UUGUCGGCGGCGCAGCCCCGUGAGCCUGAGAGGAGCCUGGCGGCUGGUGCUGCUGCCUCAGCGGGCGUGGGGGACGCCGGCAGUUGCUGAAGGAGCAGCUUUGAGGAGCAAAACAAGAAUUAAAGUGGAUACAGACAAACAGAUGGCAGAUAACAGUAAAACAGAAGAUACUGCUUCAGAUUCAGUGGAGGCUGCUAAAAAUGCAAGCAACAAAAAAGAAAAGCUGUCAGACCAAGUGAUGCAAAAUCCCCAGGUCCUGGCAGCUCUGCAGGACCGUCUUGACAACACAGCGCUGACUCCUUCAAGUUACAUUGAGACUUUACCAAAAGCAGUGAAAAGAAGAAUUGAUGCCUUGAAACAGCUACAGGUGAAAUGUGCCCAUAUAGAAGCUAAAUUCUAUGAAGAAGUACAUGAUUUAGAGAGAAAAUAUGCAGCACUGUAUCAACCCCUUUUUGAUAAGAGAAGAGAAUUCAUUAAUGGAGAAGCUGAACCCACAGAUGCAGAGUCAGAAUGGCACAGUGAAAAUGAGGAAGAAGAUAAACUAGCUGGAGACCUGAAAAAUGUAGUGGUAAUAGAAGAAAAAGCAGAGGAGGCAAAUGUCAAAGGAAUUCCAGACUUCUGGUUUACCAUCUUUAGGAAUGUAGAUAUGCUAAGUGAAUUAGUACAAGAAUAUGAUGAACCUAUCUUGAAACAUCUGCAGGAUAUUAAAGUCAAGUUUUCUGAACCUGGACAGCCUAUGUCUUUCUCAUUAGAGUUCCACUUUGGGCCCAAUGACUACUUUUCUAAUUCAGUCCUAACAAAAACAUACAAGAUGAAGUCAGAGCCGGACAAGACGGAUCCCUUUUCAUUUGAAGGACCUGAAAUAGUUGACUGUGAGGGGUGUACUAUUGACUGGAAGAAAGGAAAAAAUGUUACAGUUAAAACAAUCAAGAAAAAACAGAAACACAAGGGUCGAGGCACAGUUCGAACAAUUACUAAACAAGUACCCAAUGAUUCUUUUUUUAACUUCUUCAGCCCAAUAAAGGUAUCUGCUGAUGGAGAGGCACUGGAUGAAGAUUCAGAGUUCACUUUAGCAGCAGAUUUUGAAAUUGGACACUUCUUCCGUGAAAGGAUAGUCCCUCGUGCUGUGCUUUAUUUCACUGGGGAAGCUAUAGAGGAUGAUGAUAAUUUUGAAGAAGAUGAAGAAGGUGAAGAGGAGUGGUCUUGCUCAUUGGUUAAAGACACAACUGACUGGGAAGCUCGCCAUAGUAGAGUACAUCAGAAGUUAUCAAGCUGGGGGUCUAAUGAGUUGGAGGGGGAAGAGGAGGGAGAAGAGGAGGAAGAUGCAGAGAGUGAUCCUAAGGUGUAAUUUAAGUCUGUUUAUCAUUCAUACAUUUAUAGAAAGAUUCCAGCCAACCUGCUGAAUGCAAACAACAGUAAUAAGGAAAUACCACUUGGAAGUGAUAUUUGAACAACUCGUAACAAAUACUUGGAUACCUGGCCUGCAGUUCAGGAUAGUCCAUCGCUGCAGCACAAUCUUAUUAACAAUGCUUAAAAUUAAUUUGUUUUAAAAUGCAUGAUUUUCACUAACUUUUCUUUAUUGCUUAACAUGUACAGUGGCAACUUCAAUGCAUUCGGGAAAUAAGAGGUUUAAAUAAAGCACACUCUACAGCCGUUGGUACACUGUAGCUACGUAUGUCAAUAGGCCGUUAGAGCCUUUUGCCCUAUGCAUAGGGGAAUAGUCCAGACUACCAAGUGCGGAUUAUCCAUUUUCUUGUCAAACAUUGAAAAAUGCAGAAUAGCAACAUACUGAGAAGCUAAAGUAAAUGGAUUACAUGUCUGGUAGAUGAAACAGAUAGAGCAAUAUGACUUUUUUUUUGCUAGUUUUCUCUCCACUUUUUUAAUGUUACUUGCAACCUACAAGUUGAACUAGUGCUUGAGCAGCUUUAAAUGUCAUAUUUAUUAUCUCAGUAAAACCAAUUGAAUUGAAGUAACUUUACUUCAUUGAAGGGCGUGUCAUACUUGAGACUUAGUUGUUCAUCUUACUAUUUAUUUAUUCAUGUUUGUAAGUACUUUGACAGAGUUAGUGCUUUUUAAUAGUUUUUAAUAUACUUGAAAUCUUCAUCUUUUGCAUACAAUAUGGGUACUUGUAAAACAAAUAAUUUUAAUUGGUCUCAUUGUAGUAGUCUAGACAGAAGAAAUGAACUUGCAUCAAAAUGACAACUCUUCUGGAUGAAGAUCAGAAUGUAAAGGCCAAACUGUUGCUGUUGAUGGAAGUGGGUUGCAGCCAAAGAAAAUUUCCAAUAUUCUUAUUGCUUAGUGUCCAGCAUGGAAGGACCUUUCACUAUGAACACAGAAAUUUAUCAAAUUUCAGUUCAAUAAAUCUGAAGUCUUGGUGUCUUACUUGCAACACUGAAAUUAUUCCAUUCCACAGUUUUUCUUUAAAGCUCUGAAGUCUUCAGAACUACCUUUUGUUGUUUGUGUGGCACUUCAGGUACACGUUUCUAGUUUCAGCAUCCAUUGCCAACCUCUGGCAGCAGUUGAAUAGCAGCUGUAUCAACACUGUGACCAGGCAUGUAGAGUGCUCCAGCCUUACUUUACACAUUUGUAACUUAAUACAGUGUUUUCAAUUUGUACAGAAUAGAUAGAAUAUUCUAUUAAAGUUGUGAAAUAUGA